AAAUAAGAAAUGAGUCUCACGUUGCAUGGGUGACAUCACUGGCUUUUGGCUCAGUGCUCUGUAUUCUCUGUCUGUAGGCUUUAGCCAAGGCUGCAGGGCUCAGUGUUUGAACAAGGAAAGAUUCCCAGGUGUACAGAAGAUUGGAUACGCUCUUAUUUGGGUUAAAAACAGUGAAAUGAGAUUUCUAAAGCUUGCAGACCCCAGCUCGCCUUCUGUUUCUCUUGAUCGCUCCAAGAUGGGUGAGUUAUUCCCAUUAGAGAGAAAGGGAGUGGAAAUUUAAGGAGAAAAAAAUGUCUGAAUAUAUAUCUGCUGAUGCUGGGGAUAGGAUUUGCAUGAAGCUGCUGAGCUAAAAAUCUCAGCUCCUGUGUGGAGAUCAGGCCAUAUGGCAGAGAAUGACCGAAAGCUGUUGACAACCAUUAGGGGCUGCUUUCCUCUACUCCUGUAAGGUGUGUAGCUCUUUUUUGUUAGUUUGUUUUGGUUUGAUUUCCUCUGACCUCCCCUCCCCAUUCCUUAGCAUCCUUUCAAUCAGCCAUAGCUCUGCCUGCCUGCCUUCAUCUUGCAGAUGGUUAACGUGCCUGUGUGUUAGGAAAACUGUGCACAACAAAUUGAAGCGUUGGUGAAGAAGGAAGCUUUUCAAAUAACGGCGGAAGGGGGUGGAAAAAUGAUGCUGGGGCUGAGGACUGCUUCCAGUGCUGCCUAGCGGGAGGUGCAUGGUCUGUGGCGGUGGCUCCGGCAUCGGCUCUGACUCCUUCCAGCCACCUUGCAUGCUGACCGGGACCAGGGAGGCUGCUGCACUGCUGUAGGUGGGAGAGCCCAACCGCUGCUCUGUUAGUAAUUCGGGGCUCUCGAGCUCCAGCUGGUCGAGGGAAGGGAUCGUUACGUUACGUUGCCUUGAUGACAGCGCAGACAACAAAACAAACCGAGUGAAUGGCAAGGCUGGCAGGGAGAAGCUGAGGUGUUUUGGAAGCGAAGAUGUCAGUGACUGUGAGCAAAGUCUGCUGAGGGGGAGACCCGUGCCUGCCUGAAUUUCCUAUUACAGCCGGGGAGGUUAUAUUUUAGCCACGAUUUCAAACAGCAGCAGCAACAACAACAGAUUGCUCCCCCUCUUGCUCCCUCCCCUUCCACCCUGCUUUAAACCCAAGCAAGCGACUGUCCAGAUGAUACUCUCGGCGAGCUGCUGACAAAGAAAAGGCAAGUCCCCGAUUCUUGCCACCGGGAUAGUUGGCUGCUUGAGACUGGAAGAUUUCUCACUGUUGAACUUUUCUGUCCUGUGAUGCUGCGGUGAACCUGCUAUCUGAAAGCUAUCGCCUCUGUAUUUCCGAGCUGGCCAGAUGGAAAGAGAUUAAUGGACUGAUCAAACAGCCAUAGCCUUCAAGUCUCUGGCAGGGGCUACUCCUUCCGCACACACAGCCGUGUGGGCUCUUGUGGGGAGGGGAGCAGGACACCUUUGUGGAGGUGCUUCCCCGGGCCGCUCCCGCGCCUAGUGGAGGGCUGCGUUUCUCCUCGUCAGGUCUCUGCUGCCAAGGAAGGAGGCAGAUGAGACGCCAGGACUGCCUCCAGGGCAGAACUUUGUAGCGGUCCCGGAGCCCCUCCGCAGCGCGGAUGUGAGCCGCAGGAGUUGUGGAUGUUUGAGGCAAUCUCUGCCAAGUGACACCAAGCAGCUGCCCCGGAGGUUUUUGCGUGGUCUCACGUCUAAGGGCUUUGUCUGUGGUGAAGAUGUCCAUGGUGUUUCUGUGAAGCUGAGGUAUGGCUGCUGGAAGGUUACUGCUGUAUGCCGGCCUCUCUUUAGCUUUGUGUGCCCUGGGCAUGCUAGCUGUAGCAAUCUGCUCUGACCAUUGGUAUGAAACUGAUGCCAGGAAGCACAGAGAGAGGUGCAAGAGCAUCACUGGUAAGAGAAAUGAUCCUGGCUUCAUUUAUAACUCCAACAACAACCUGCCUCUCAGGGCCAGCAGGUCUAGGUUGGACCGCUGGGAAGGGAAACUCCUCUUGGCAAGAAACAGGAGGCAGAUCUUUGCUAUGAGUCCAGUUGAUGAGUGCAACAGACAGUACAAUUCAACCAACAUGGGGCUCUGGAGGAAGUGCCACCGACAUGGAUUCGACCAAGAGCUGGAGGAGCUGAUUGCCAAAGGAGCAAUUGAGCGGUGCACGUACAUCAAGUAUCACUACUCCUCAGCGACUAUUCCCAAGAACCUCACCUACAACAUCACCAAGACAAUCCGCCAGGAUGAGUGGCAUGCCUUGCAUCUGCGCAGGAUGACAGCUGGCUUCAUGGGCAUGGCUGUGGCCAUCAUCCUCUUCGGCUGGAUUAUCGGGGUGCUGGGGUGCUGUUGGGAUCGAGGCCUUAUGCAGUAUGUGGCAGGGCUUCUCUUCCUCAUGGGAGGAGUUGCAAUGCAAUUCAGAUGCCAUCUGUGUCCAUGCCAGGCUGAUCACGUGGUGUGCCAAUCACAUGCAGACUGUCUGCUGAAGGGAAGCAGGGAAGCAUGACGGAAUUGGGGUGAAUUGGAUAUUCCUUGCUAAAAUGUAUUUGGACGUUUACGAAAGAGUCACCAGUAUUGGACUUUUUCCUCAUAACCGCAUCCUAGAGAUGCAGGGAAAGGAAGCAGGUGAGACACAUACUUGUUUCUUUCUGCCUGUUCUGCCUUUGGGCAGAUACAGCCAGCAAAAAGGGAGGGGGUGAACAGCUCAGGGCAGUAACGUCUUGAGCUGCCGCAGCAAGACUCUCCAGAGCUGACUCUCAGUGCUCUUAAAUACAGGGUUUCUGCAUAACUACUUCUGCAUCCAGUCGGGCCUGAGCUAUCAAUUCUACCUCUAAAAAUGCAGUUGCGUCCACAAGUCCUCGCUACCUUCUAGUGCCACAGACCCUGGUACUAACUGCUCGUGGGAUACAAGUGGGAGUCACUUUCUGAGUGCGUGAGGCUAACAGAAAGCCCAUCAGAAGGACAAUCUUGGUAUUCAUGGACGCUUGCAGAGCUUCUUGCAACCAGCUGUUAAAAGGUGUUUCUCCAGGACUGAAAUGCUGACACAGAUGGCCAGCUUUUUACAUUAGUCACAAGAGGAAAAAUUGCCCAUAUCAGCUCCAAUGUGGAAAUGUUUAUGAUCCCCCGAUGUAAAAAUCCCGUUGUCUGGAAAGGCAACGCUAUGCCGGCACGUGGCCCGGUCUUAUUUCUGUCCUCUGCAGAGGGCUGACGUGGGCUGGUGGCAGCGCCAAGACCUGCACUUCGUGUUGCUCGUCGCAGGAGGGACCUUCUCAUCCCAGUGGCACUGGGCCGUCCCAGCGGCAACAGAGCUCAGAAGUCUCCCUGAAAAAGUCCUGCCUUUCAAGUGGCCUUGUUACAUUGCUAGCUGGGCAGAAACACCCCAACAGCAAUAGCCAUUCUGCAGUAGAUCAGAUAAAGAGCAAAGUCUUCAAAAAGCUGCGGGUUUUGCCCCAGUUUCAAAGUGAUUUAGACACUAAAAAGCAUGAAUCAGGUUAGACGUAGUCUCCUGGGACCAGGUGCACAAAAAAGCCUAGGCAUCUAAUUCCUGUUUAGACACAGAAUAGGAGUAAAACACUAAAUGCCUUUGGUGCCUACAGAAUUUUUUAAAAAGCAUGUAUGUUCCUAAUUUGCUUAAGCUUUUGUGACAUUUUAUCUCAAAAAUAGUUUUCACCUGACUGUAGAGCAUAAGGCUGCAUUUUUUAUGAAGAGUUUUUCAUUAACAAUAUAGAUCAUAAGAAAAAGUUCAAGUACUCAGAAUAACAAAAUAAAAGUGCAGCCUUAGACUAUUCAGUAAGAGUGUAUUGAAUUAUUUAUAACUCCUGGGCACCAACAAUAAUCACAGACAUCUAAUUUAAACUCUUACUAUUUUUACUCAGCAAUCUCCAUCACUUAAGUGUUUAUAUUCAUGUAUUAGUUGUUUGAUCUUUUAAAAAAAAGAAUCCCCAUACUUAUAUAAAACAGCAGAUUUGGGAACUUUUGUUUCUGCAGUAACUUAAGUUAUUUUAGAACAUUUCAAGGCCUAGUAUGACAGACUUUACAACUUUCAAAGCUGUAAUCUGUACCUAAAAAAUGGGCUUGAACUUUCAGUUCUCUCUCAAGUAAAAGUCCCUUUGAUUGCAACUGAUUGGAAUCAAUGGGAAAUUUGCCUCAUUAACAGCUGUGAGAUUUGGCCCUAUCUAUUUGUACAUGUGAUGAGGGGCAUUAGGGAAGGGGGCCGUACUCAUAUAUCAGCCCAUUUAAGGAUCUUUUCCAUAGACACUGGAACAGAAUCACUGCGAAGUCACUGCAGCGUCAUGCCAAUCUGUCUGUAAAAAACAACCAUUGUACUUGUAUGUAGCUGGAAUAAUGCAGUCGUAAAUCUAGCCCAUAGGCAGAUACACAUAUACAUGUAUAUAUGUAUAUAUAUGUGUAUAUAUAUGUAAAUUUAUGAAAAAUGUCCAUAGACUCAUGAUUGCCUGAAAUAACCUGAGAUGGAUGUACAGAAUUUCAGGCAAAGGACUGUUCCUCAUAUAUCAAUCCUCAUAUAUCUCAGAUUUAAAUCAAAACAAAAUAAAAACUAUUAUUUCCCAGGAAAAUCUCAAUUCUGCCAUCGCACCAGCCUAGGAGGGGUACCACACAAAAGCCAAUGGCACACACAUCCACACACAUAUAUCCAGUCACAGGACUGGGUCUUAAGGGCUUUUCUAAGGAAGAAAAACAGACUGAAAAAGCCAUGACAGAAUUUCCAUCACACAUUACCUCUCUAAAUAGACUCAUUUAUCCUUUAUUAAGAAGCUGUUUGUGUGGAUGCUCUUUUUCUGUAUUUGGCAUAUGUUUGUGAUGUGUUUGUGUGGAUGAAGUCACUACGCAAAGGCCUGGAUUUUCUGACCUGAAUUCAUCCCCAUUAACCUUAGGUACUUAACUGAGCUAUCUGUGUUAAUGGGCUCAUCUCCCUUGGUUUCUUGUAUAGCUAAUGAAGACAGACAGUUGCUUCUAGAUGGUGAAUCAGUUAAUCUGAGAUCUAAGUCAGCUUCAGGAGUUUCCUCUCCCUCCAUAGAGGGACCACUCACCUAUCUUGGGCAACAUGGUGAAGAUCUUAAAGCCUGGCAGGAUGAAUCAGGGACCAAGCGCAGAAAAGCAUCAAUACGGACAUCAACUGCAGCACUGUGCUUCAGACUCGCCGCCUGGCCUGGCAUGCCACAGGGAAGUGUUAACCAUGGAAGAGCUUUGGAGCAAAAGUAGAUGUUGUUGGCAGCCAUUCCCUCCCACACUGCAAUGUGACUGUGAGGGGUAGGGCUUGCCCCGAGCCCCAGACAUGGCAUUUGAGGCAGGUUACUCAUAGUGGUCUCCAUCCACAGACCACUUGGUCAGAGCUGUCUUGGUCUGGGUUUGGUCCACCUGAACGCUUCACACUUUGCUGCCACUCCUGGGGCACUGCUGAAGCAGUCCAGAGUGAAUUUAUGUCCUGAUAGUUUGAACAGCUAACCUAUUUGAAGGUUACUUUCUUGUUGCAGCCACAAACUGGGCUGAAAAAAGUCAUCUAGCUGGCAGUAAGAAUUUAAAAAUUCACCUCUGAGGUGCAGUUUGAGUAGCUGCAUAUUUGUGGUUUUUUCACUCUUAAUAAUUGCUUUACAGUUUACAUGGAGAUUAAAGAGAUGGCAAUUUCAUCCAUUAUUGUUGGGAUUAUAGUUGUCCUCAGAAAAACUGAACCCUGAACUCAACAAGAGAAUGGACUAUGACUGUAUUAUUUAGAAAACUAUUCUAACAAUGCUGAUGAUAGGUCUCCUUCUCAUGCUAGCACUCACUCAGAGCCAGAAUCUGGAAUUGCAUAUUGAUACCACAUUGGUCUAGAAGGACCAGCAAUUUAAUCCAGCACAAGAACUUUGAAGCUCUGGUAUAUUCCCAUAUUUUACGUGAAUAAAGCAAACACAGUCAGAGGCACAAAAGAAUUAAACUGAUUUCUGAAAACUCCAGGGCUAAGUGAACUUCAGCUAUUGUGGCACAAUAUGGUCACUACUAUUUAUUUCCACAGCUAAAGUUAAGUCAUUGACUUGACAGUCCUCACCCAUUUCUCAGAACAACUUUAUUUUUUAAAACACUGUUACAGUUAUGGCAAGAGGGACCUCAGAUGACCUGCAGGACCUAUAAAGUAAAGAAUCGAUAUUGUGUUCCAAUACUUGGAGAAAGACUUUUGCUAGAAAAUGGCAGAUAAAACUGAGCUCCAGAGAUCAAAUAUUUUUAGUGCAGUACUUCCUUGUCCAAAUAAUACUAUUUCAUCCUGAUAUUCCUCACCUGUUCUCUUUUUCCCUUUUUUGAGCAGUCAUGUAUGGAUCUUUCUCCUUUUUCCUCUUCUGUGUGAGAAUACAGAGAUGCUUCUCAUAAAUACUUUUUUCCUGAGUCCCAUUUCGAUACUGACACUUGCAUAUGUGACUGCUUUGAUACUCAAGUUCUCCGUGAAAAUCAAAUAUAGGCUUUACGAGUGAACUUGUGAAGUGAGAAGGGGCUUGAGAAUAAAUCAAGUCUAAGGAUGCAGGAUCAUUUUCUGUAAGACUUUUGAGAAUUUUCCUAAAAUGUCAUCAUUGCCCUGCUUUCUUCCUUCCCUAAGAGGAAUGUGGAAGGUCCUAGGGUGUGAGACUCUUGAGGGCUGUCCUUUUAGCUGUAGAGUUCACUGUUCCCAUGGGGGUUUUGCCUGCUUUUCAGAGCUUUACUGUCAAAGGAAACCUCCUUUUAAAAGGUGACAACCUCCGCACAACUACAGGGACAGUUGGGUACUAAGUGAAAUCCCAGGCCAUGGGCAGGAGUUGGGGCACAGCAUGCAGGGCCAUCCCACAGCUGAAAAUUAAAGUGUCCCAUAGCCUUGCAAACUCCCACCAUGCUGCUCAUGAACCAGGAGACCAACCUGGCCUCCUCUGGGUCUGACUCCAGUCUCAUGCUUGUGAGACUUAUAUUUGACAAAUAUGAGUCACAUCAGACCUGUCUGAGGCAGGUAGGUAUUACAGCCAUUUUAAAGAUGGGAAACUGAAAACCUGGGGAAAGACCUGAGGCUUAGUGGUUUGAUGCCUAAAAAUCUCAUCAUUGCCCCCUCAAAACUUCUGCUAGCUGCAAGUAGAAUCUUCUGUUUUGAAAAUCCAGACUGUAGCUGACUUGUCCAAACCUGCAGUGCUUGUAAAUGUGAAAGCCAGGAUUAGGACAGUCAGGAGACCCUGACUUUAUCAGAGCACUGCUACCAAGCUUUGAUCCCCCAAAGCACACAAGCACUUGCCUAAUUUCAAGCAUGAAUGUCCCAUUAAUGAUGCUAUUGCCAUGCUUAAAGCUAGGCACAUGCCUAAAUGCUUUCCUAGACUGGGAAUUACAUUAAAAUAUAUUACACUUAAGCAUAUUUUAAAAAUCAAAAAAUGGGUUCAUUUCUGAUUUUGUUUCUGGCAUUGUCAAAGACAUUUGAAUUAUGUAUGCAGUCAAAUCUGUAUGAAGUAGCUCAACCAAGUGGAGCACUUUUUAGCCAAUCAGCAAAGUUUCAUUAGUUUUGUAUAGUAACAUCCAGUGGUCAAAAGUAAUCAAGGGUGGCAGGUACUGUGAGGUUCUUACUCCUGUGCUGUUGCAAGAAGCAAAGUGGCUCCUGUGGCCAUUGGUGCUAACAAUAAAAUAACAAUAAAUGACUAUUGCAUUUGGUUGUUCUGGUAAGAUGUGAAUGUGUUGGCUAACAAGUAAUGCUACAUCUUAUCAAAUGUAUUGUAGUUUCCAUUUCUUCUUGUAAGUUAUUGCAGAAGAGAUGAACAGAAGUUGUUUAAACAUAGAACAAACCCAAACUUACUGUUCUGUUAAUCCAAGGUGCUAAUCUGCAGACGUGCAUGUGUUUAUGUACAUGCACUGGUGUUUGCAGGACCAUGGCCCUGAAGGAUAAUUUUUGUGGCAGGGUUGAGAUCAGGGAACUAAUAUGGGAAGUUGACAAACCCUCUAACUUUAAAGUGACAAAAGUCACAGAGAGCAUCACAGAACUUUGCCGAAAAACUGGCUACAUCUUUCCAUUUUCCUUUUAUUUUAUUUUUAUUUGUUUUUUCUGUUCAUUUUUAUCCAAAUUGGCACAGAAUACUGUAUUUCCAUCGAUUAAAAUCUUGUCUGGUAACUAACUAAACAAUUUGUUCAUGAAAAAUUAAAAAAUAAAUAAGUAAACUGUCAAUUGUGGAAUGUAAACUGAUUAAACAAAUAAAAAAAAAUCAUGUUGUGUGUUUUAA